AUGGUUGCGUCUCCUGUCAGUGCCAGAGAACACCCUUACACCACCAAGCACACCCUUACACCACAGAACACGCCCUCAUACCACAGAACACACCCUUACACCACAGAACACGUCCCUAUAGCACCCAGCACACCACCUUACACCACAGAACACGUCCCUAUAGCACCCAGCACACCACCUUACACCACAGAACACGCCCUCAUACCACAGAACACACCCUUACACCACAGAACACGCCCUCAUACCACAGAACACACCCUUACACCACAGAACACAACACGCCCUCAUACCACAGAACACGUCCCUAUAGCACCCAGCACACCACCUUACACCACAGAACACGCCCUCAUACCACAGAACACGUCCCUAUACCACCCAGCACACCACCUCAUACCACAGAACACGUCCCUAUACCACCCAGCACACCACCUUACACCACAGAUCACGCCCUCAUACCACAGGACACACCCUUACACCACAGAACACGUCCCUAUACCAUCCAGCACACCACCUUACACCACAGAACACGCCCUCAUACCACAGAACACACCCUUACACCACAGAACACGUCCCUAUACCACCCAGCACACCACCUUACACCACAGAUCACGCCCUCAUACCACAGAACACACCCUUACACCACAGAACACGUCCCUAUACCACCCAGCACACCACCUUACACCACAGAACACGCCCUCAUACCACAGAACACACCCUUACACCACAGAACACGUCCCUAUACCACCCAGCACACCACCUUACACCACAGAACACGUCCCUAUACCCCCAUAUACGCACUUCAGCAAACUUACAAGUCAGUCCCACUCGGAUGCCACAAUACAACAUCAACCAUCACCAACAACAACAACAGCAGAAAUCCCAACCACGCCACUACCACCACCAUACAGUGUCAAACAUCAACCACAACUUUCCAACUAUACUUCCAACACCACGACCAGAGGCACGAACAACACUCGCAAGCGGAUAUGCUGUCCCCACUAA